AUUUGAAAGAAAUGAAAGUUAUAACUAAUAUGGAAUCAAUGGUUACGGUGGCAGAAAACAAAGUUAAACAAGAUGUUUCGACAGUUGUUGUUUCUUGGUUCCGGUUAAACUGGACCAAGCUUGUAUCGGAAUUUGUUGCCACGUUCAUACUGGUAUUUUUGGGAUGUGCGUCAUGCAUACCUAUAGAGGGAUUCGACCCCAUGCCGCCCAUGUAUUCGCCGCUCACAUUUGGGUUUGCGGUUCUGAUAAACGUACAAACGUUCGGUCACAUUUCUGGGGCUCAUAUGAACCCCUGCAUAACUCUACUAUCAAUAUUCUGGGGUAAGAUAUCAAUAGUGUUAGGAAUAUGCUACUUAAUAGCACAGGUUCUGGGAUCUACUUUUGCGUCGUGGGUUUUAUUAAAUGUGUCACCAGUGGACUUCGUUACGGAAGGAGUGUGCGUGGCGCUGCCCCACGAGCGGCUCGACGCGUGGCAAGCUGUUAUCAUAGAAGUGAUCUUGACGAGCACACUUUGUCUAAUAACCUGUGCACUUUGGGAUCCUGUUAAUGAGAAGAACCAGGAUUCUACUGCGAUCAAAUUUGGGUUAACUGUGGCUGGUUUGUCGUUCGCGGGCGGGCCGCUGACCGGGGCCAGCAUGAACCCUGCGCGCGCGUUGGGCCCAGCGCUGGUGGCCGGUAAAUGGGCUGCUCAAUGGAUCUAUUGGGUAGGACCGUUCCUUGGAACAGUCAUAGCUGGAUUAUACAUGUUUAUAUGGCUCGAAAAACCGAAAAAAUCAUUAUAA